CGGGCUACAUGCACCCCGUCGCUUGCAUGUCCCCGCGACGGCAAAAUUCGUGCAACCCCAGGAUACAUACAAAACAUCCGGUGCAGACUCUGCCCCCCCUUGAAGCAUCGCGGUUUUCUUGCACCCGCCAGGACUGAGGAUUGAGACCGUACUUCCGUAGAGAAGAGGAUUUAUAUUCGAACCUUUUUCUUCCUCUCCCUGUCUCCCUCUCCUGGAGUGAAUUCGUAAGGCCACUGACGCGGUGCAAACAUGGUAGACGUAAAGGAGGUCCAAUCCGUGGAGGUUCUCCAGACAAAGUCAAUGUCGUCGGGUGGUGACCGGGAGGCCAAUUACCGAGUCAAGACGACCGCGCAAGGCAUCCCCCUGGUCCCUCAACCCAGUGAUGAUCCAGAAGACCCGUUGAAUUGGAGCGCAUUCACCAAGCAUGCCGCUCUGGUGGUUCUCGCAUUCGAAUCGUUUCUAGUCAAGUUCGGGGCCACUCUCAUCGCCCCCGAUGCACUGGAGCUGGCCGAACAAUUCAAGGUCCCCGUGACCACCGCCACAUACAUCGGAUCCGUACCUUCUGUCCUGAAUGCCAUCACAUCCUUCUUCUGGAUCCCGUUGAGCCAUAGAAUUGGCCGACGGCCCGUACUUCUCAUUGGCAAUCUCAUCGCCUUGGUCAGCGCGAUCGGAGUGGCUCGGUCCCAGACAUAUGCGCAAGCUCUCGGCUGUCGCAUGGUCAUGAAUGUAGGUGGCAGCGUCGGGCUGUCCAUCGGACCGGCUGCCAUUUCCGACAUGUUCUUCCUGCACGAAAAGGGAUCGCGGAUGGGCGUAAAUAGCUUCCUGCUGGUCAUUAGUCCGUACGUGGGUGGUGUUGCCGGUGGCUCCAUUGCCUAUAACAAACAUCUAGGAUGGCGAUGGUCGAUGUACAUCGCCGCCAUCCUCUAUGCUACCCAAUUCGUCGCUCAGUUCUUCCUUGUCCCCGAAACCAUCUAUACCCGAGACGAGAAUGCCACCGCCGGUUCUCAACCUCCCAAACAGCCCUCCUACCUCUCUCGUCUGGGGUUCCGCAAGCCGGUGGUUCCCAAGAACGAGAGCUGGGGGCAGACCUUCCGCAAACCAUACAAGAUGUUCGCCUAUCCGGCCGUGGUCCUUCCGUCGUUCUGGUUUAGCGUCGCCAACAUGACCGAAGUGGGCAACACCGCAGGCUUCGCCCUCAACUUUGGCAGUAAGAGCCAUUGGCAUUUCAACUUGGCCCAAGUCGGCUUCUGCUACUUCUCUGGUGUCAUCGGUGCCGGGAUUGGCGAGAUCUUCGGGGGACCACUGUGUGAUCUGGCCGCCAAGUACUCCUUGCGGCGAGGCUACAAGUGGAAGCCAGAACGGUUACUCCAUCUCUCAUGGACAGGUCUGAUCACAGUCUCGGCCGGUCUCCUCCUAUAUGGCCUCGAACUGGAAUACGGCGACAGCUGGGCCUCAGCCCUCACCGGAAUUGGCCUCUUCACCUUCGGACAGGAAAUCCUCGUCACUGUUCUCCUGACCUACAUGACAGAGUGCUACCCGGAAGAUGCAGCCGAGGUGACCAUUGUGUUUCAAUUUUUCUUUGCCAUUCAGACCUUCCAUCCCCCUUUCUACCUUCCCGAGUGGAUCAAAGAACGCGGUGGGGCCAAGGUCCCGUACAUCGUCUUCGCGGCGCUUCCCGUGGUCUUGUAUCCCGUGUGUAUCUGGCUGUUCACCUGGAAGGGCGAGCAGAUCCGGAAGAGGGGACCAUGUUUCAAGCUCUAGUUGCAUCAGGCACGACUUAUGAAUCUUCCAUCUUUCCAUCUUGCAUUUGCACUUGCAUCGUCAUCAUCAUCAUCAUCAUCAUCAUCAUCAUCAUCAUCAUCAUCAUCAUCAUCAUCAUCAUCAUCAUCAUCAUCAUCAUCAUCAGCAUUGCCCGGUCAGGUCAGGUCCAGGUCCGCAUAGGUCAGGUUAGCAUACGGUCCAACGAGAAAACAAAGGGGCGCUAUUCUCUGUCAUUCACCCAAUAC